AUGUCCAACCAUAACCCAAAUAGGAGUAUAAAUGCUAGAAUAAUACAGGAACAAUUACCACCAAUCACAUUUCAAAGAAAGAAAAGAAAGAGACAAAGAUUAUUCACCAAAGAUAUUGAAAAUUUAUUAUAUGCAAUGGGUGAUAAACCAGUAUCAACAGAAUUAACAGUUAACACAUUAGAAGACAUAUUAGUAGAUUAUAUCACACAAUUAUCCUAUCAAAUGUUAAAUUUUGCAAGGACACAGAAUAGAACGAGAAUUAAAUUGAAUGAUUUAGCAUUUGUUUUAAGAAAUGAUCCAUUAGGAUUAGCUAGAUUUCAAUAUAUUAUGGAACAAAGUUAUAAAAUUGAAAGAGCAAAGAAAAUGUUUGACGACUCUACUAAAGAUUUUAAAGAGGAUGAUUUUGAUAAUGAUGAUGUUGAGGAAGAUGAAGAAGAUCAACAUGAAAAUGAAAAUGAGAAUGCUGCUACGCAGCAAAAUACUGAAGAUGGAACACAAACACAACUGACUCAAAGUAGUAAGAAAUCAUCUAAAGAAGGUAAGAAGAAGAAGAGAAAAGUAACGGGUAAUGUAAUGUUGAAGAAAGAUUGA